GCGCGCCCGCCGCCGGCGCGGCCCUCCCUGGACAGCCCUCCGCUGCCCCCCUGGCUCUGGCAGUACGAAGAGCAGCAAGGCAGGCGGCAGCGCCGCCGAGGCAGCCGCUUCCAGACUUCGGAGCAGCAGGGCUGGACGCGGCGCCGCCGGCAGCGCCGCCCGCUGCUGCGCCUGCCGCGCCUGCUGGUCCUGCUGCGGCCGCGGUCGCGGCACUGGGCGGCGCGUGUGCCGUGUGGCCGGUUUACCGGAAGACCUUGGAGUGCGGGCGGCCUGGCAACUUCGGCACCGCACCCGGACCUCGCCAGGGAGCUGUGCAAGGACCCGUUGACGCAUGACGCAGGCCACACCGCAUACAUUUUAGUGUGCGAAGUCCUACGGAGGCUUCAAGCGGAAGCAGCGCCGGGCCAGCCAGCUGAACCGCCUCUGGCCCCAGCGGGUUCCGCCUUCAACGACGCCUCGGUCAAGGCCAUGGAAGCCGUGGCGAGGCGCGCGCGCGCCGGCGCAGGGCGACGCGGCAGGUCCCCGUCCUCCUCAGACACAGAGGACCGCAAGACGUCGUCCAUCGAUGUUUGCAAGGCGCUGCAGGCGUACGGGUUGGAGGGCCUCCCUUUGGAGAACUUCCCGAAGGCCGCCGCCCUGCAGCCCUUGCUGCGGAGGGCUCGCCAGAAAGCGGACCACGGCCGCUUGCCGUGGGUCGCCGGCGAGCUCGAGAAGGAGUUCGAGCCUUUCCGCCGCUCGGUCGACAGUACGCUCUGGAAGGUGGAGAAGGGGCAGGAGUAUGCCUCUUUCGCGCAUGGGCGUCGUGUUGGUGGAGCAGGGGCCUCACGCAGCUUGUUCUUCAAGCUGAGGUUCCUUGAUCUUUGCCACCUCGCGCAGGAGUCCAACGUCGGCGCGGCCUACGAGUUCGACCGAAGGGAGUGGCAGCAGCUAGCCACCCGGAUCGAGGACCGGGGCAAGAGCGCCGACCCGAACGAGAUCGUCGCCAGGGUCCACGCGCACACCGAAGCCGAGGUGCGCGACUGGGUUGUCGAGGCAGAAGUGGCCUGCAGAGGCUUCCUCUCUGCUGGGGUGGCCCAGCAGUGGGAGCGCUCCGCGGGCAAAGGGUACCGCGACGGCAAGGGCGGCACGCAGGAGAUGGUCGCCCUGCUUGGGUGGGAGUUGGACCUCGACAAAUCCGAAGGGAUGUCGCGGUCGAUUUCUUUGCUUGGGUGCGAGGUUUCCGUGGCCCCGCAGGGGGUGCAUUGGCACCUCGGCCGCGAGAAAGUUGUCGCGUGGCAGCGCGAGGCAGCGGUGAUCUUUAAAGCCGGCUGCACGAGAGAAUGGGCCAUGAGCGCAGUGCCGCGAUCCUGGAGGCGCAUUUUGCGCAAGAGGGCCACUCAAAUCAAUGCUUUUGAGUUGUUGGCGUUGGUAGCAGCACUGAACACGUGGAAGGCGCAGCUCGCAGUCAAGCGGAUCUUGGUUUUUAUCGACAAUACUGCUGCUAAGGACGUCAUGUUGUCAGGUUGGUCGAGACAACCAGAUUUCAACGCAAUUGCCGGCGCGGCAUGGCUGUCCGUUGCCCAGGCGCAGGCCUCCAUCGAGUGCCGGUGGGUGCCGUCGGCGAGCAACCCCGCCGACUGCUUGAGCCGGGGCACGGUAGGACAGCCAGUUGUUCGGCGGUCUGCCCCCGAGGGGGUCGACCACGCCAGCGGGCCAAAGCAAGCGGCAUUAGAGUCUGCUUUGCGACCGCGGCCCGGGCUCGGGCAGACAUGGCUGCAAGUUGUGUCACAGCAGUCCACGGCUUACGACGUCGCGUACGCGGUCGGCGAUCUGUGUGAGGAACCCACGCGGUGCGCCGCUCUCCACAGGGAGACUUUCAACGAACGUUUCCGGUCCGCGUUCCCGUGCGAAGGUACACCCCGCCGGCGCCUGGCGGGUCUCAGGGCUGCCCAGCAGGGCGCGUCUGCUACGGUAGUGCAGAACGCGCUCCUCCAGGAGACCACCUACCUGGAGCUCCUGGACGCGAGGCGCUGCCGGCUAGAGGUCCUCCAAGUCGUGUGCCUCGUGACGGACUGCAAGGCCCGGUCGGCGCCCGAGCUUCUGCGCGCCUCGGUAAAGGCGGCGUGGAUCCAUCGGUGGACAGGCCGCACCUCGGUGGCGGCGCAGCGGGCCUUCGCAGCCUCUCUGGUGCACCUGCCCCUGGACGGCCUCGCCUGCGAUGGCGACGAACCCCGGUUGCAAGACGUCCUUGCGGACGUGCGCCGCGCCGAAGCCCGCCCCAGUCCCUAG